GAGGAAGAGUCGGUCCCUGUGAGAUGGAUCUGUAGUGUGAGUGAGAGAGGGAGGGGGAGGGGGAUGUUGGUGAGCAGGUAUCCGGGGCACAGAGAGAGAGAGAGAGAGAGAGAGAGAGAGAGAGAAACCAGAGGUGGAAAAGAUAAAGUACCGUCUUUUUCCGUUUCUGGGCUGGUCGUUUCCGGUUUCCACUCCGGGGAAACAUCCACAGGGGAAACCUCGACUCUCAUGUUGUGGUGGUUUGUUUGGCGUGAGGAAAGAGGCUGCUUGCAGGCAACGACGCCGUCACUUGUUUGCCAGCAGAAACGCCGGCGGGAACGCCGCGGCCAAUCAUCGUCAUCGCCGUCCCGCUACGCCUGUGUACUUCGUGCUCUCGUACAUCGUCGCCAGCGGGAAGGAGCGAGGCACGCACAGGAGACGCGCACAAGGUUCGGGCGUGAUCACGCACUGUCGUCGUACCAGCACUAACACCCGUCGCAACUUCCUCCUCCUCCUCCUGCCCACCUCCUCCGUUCUCGCCUCCCCUCCUCUUCUCUCCUCUCCUCCAGCAGGUCGACGCCGAACCCAUCGUACCGAGUCCAGCACGCCAUCAUCACACAGAGCGUCCUUUGCCUACGUGCGGCCAUCCUCCCCUCGACUCGAUGUCCGGUGGUUCAUCCCGCCCGUUCGACGACCUAUCUCGCGUCACCUAACCCGCUUCGCAGCUGUGGUAGUUGCUGUGCCAAGACGACCGAUCGACCGAUUGAAUGGGCGUUGGGCACUGGGGAACCCGGAAAUCUGGGCGCUCUGCGGGUAUCUGCGUCAGUUGGUCCGUGGCGCGUGUGCACCUGUGUCAGGCUCACGCCCGGGACAGUCGAGCGAUAGGACAACGCUGACGGACGAAUGUUAACCCCGUCGUAGCCUUGAUACGUGCUGCCUUGACGGAUCCAGG